ACCGAGACGAUCAGCGAGACAAAAUGAGCAAAUUCUAUUCGAUUUUUAUGCAAAUUUGUGUGAUCGCCGCAUCGAUGCAGACCGGACUUAGCAUCAAAUGCUACAACUGUGACUCAACCAGCAACGAGGAAUGUAUGGACCUGAAGCGAAACUCUGCCAUCGUCGCCGAGACAUGUACGCCAAGUAAAAUGGCGGCCACAACCGGUAACUGGCUGGCGGAUCUGACCCGCAUCGAGUACUUUGGCGGUACGGAAAUUACGGUCCCGAUGGUGUGCCAGAAAAUCGUCGCUUCUAAUGAAAAUGGCGACACAAUGACGUACCGUGGCUGUCAGCUGGACGGUGGUAAAACCGAUCCCUGUCAGAUUGCGUACGGCAAAGCGAAGCUUCAGCGUGGCGUCAAGAUCGAAUCCUGCUCAAUCUGCAAGGAUGAUGGCUGCAAUGGUGCACCACCCCGGUUGGCAGGUCGGCCAACGGUUUGGUUCCUUGCCGGUAGCGUGCUUGCCCUGUUCGGAUUCACAUCCCGACGACUGUUUCUGUAAAACGUACUCAU